AUGGGAAACGAGCUGGAUGGUAAUGCGGAGGAAACAGAACCUCUCACCAAGAAGGAAUCUUCAACCACGCCGUCUGAACGCCACUCACAAGAUUCCCUGACCUCCAUCUCUACGACGUCUCUCGUCCUCGAGCAACUGAAUACCACUUCACACCAACAUGGCGGUGUGCGUAAGGGCAAGCCGACCCAUGACUUUGAAUACAGAGACAAUGAGGAGGACAUCGAGGCACCAAGAUUUAUGCGCCCUGCGGGCAAGCCUCUUUCGAGAGGAACUAAACGUAUUAUCUGGUUGGUCGUGGUGAUUGCCGUUGCGGGUUGGGCUCUUGCCCUCGGUUCAUUCUUGGUCAAUGGCACCUACAAACACGCUUCAAAGCUGGCAUAUGACCACGAAACACCGUCCAAAAGCUCCGGAAGGAAAGUCACAUUGGAUCAGGUGAUGAGUGGACAGUGGUACCCUCAUCGUCAGGAAAUUUCGUGGAUCCGAGGUGCAGACGGUGAGGAUGGGUUGCUGCUGGAAAAAAAUCAGCCUGGCAAGGACUAUCUUGUGGUGGAAGAUGUGAGAAGUCGGCGUGGGGACUCCAAUGCAAUUGCCAGCAAGACGCUUGUACGGAUGGGAGCUUUCGAAGUCAAUGGCAAGAAUAUCUCUCCGGAUCAAGUCUGGCCCAGUCCGGAUCUGAAGUCUGUCUUGGUCAUGUCGGGGUUUCAAAAAAACUGGCGACACUCUUUCACUGGUUAUUAUUGGAUAUUUGAUGUGGAGACACAAGGAGGCCAACCCUUGGAUCCUCUUCACCCGGAUGCUCGGAUCCAGCUUGCUUCAUGGUCACCCACUUCAGAUGCAGUCGUCUUCACAAGGGACAAUAAUAUGUUUAUCAGAAGUCUGGUGUCUGGAGAGGUAAAACAAAUCACCACAGAUGGUGGUGAACAGCUAUUCUACGGUGCCCCAGACUGGGUGUAUGAGGAAGAAGUGUAUCAGACCAAUAGCGUAACAUGGUGGGCCAAAGAUGGCAAGUAUAUUGCUUACCUCCGCACCAACGAGUCAGAUGUGCCCGAGUAUCCUGUCCAGUACUUCCUGUCUAGACCCAGUGGAGAGAAACCUGCUCCGGGCCUUGAGAAUUAUCCCGAAGUGCGCCACAUCAAAUACCCCAAAGCUGGCGCCCCUAAUCCUACGGUUGACCUAGAAUUCUACGAUGUCGAAAGGGACCAGGUCUUCUCGGUGGAUAUUGCGGGAGGAUUUGCUGAUGACAAUCGUCUGAUCACUGAAAUUGUAUGGGCCGCUUCGAACCAGGUACUCGUCCGGGAGACAAAUCGAGAGAGUGACACGGUCCGAAUCGUCCUCAUAGACGUCAAAAGUAGGACUGGAAAGGUUGUAAGAACGCAAGAUGUGGCAGGCUUGGAUGGAGGUUGGGUAGAACCUUCACAGACUACUGCGUUCGUGCCAGCUGAUCCAGCGAAUGGGCGACCGCAUGAUGGCUAUAUUGACACCGUUAUCUACAACAACUAUGAUCACCUGGGAUACUUCUCUCCUCUCGAUGCUUCUGAGCCAACCAUGCUGACCGAGGGUGAUUGGGAAGUCGUGGAAGCACCUUCAGCGAUUGACCUCGAGAACAACCUGGUCUACUUUCAAGCCACGAAACAAGCUCCGACCCAACGACAUAUCUAUUCAGUCCACUUGGACGGCACCAACCUCACAGCAGUCGUACCAGACGAUAAAUCUGCCUACUACUCAGCGUCUUUCUCUACGGGCGCGGGCUAUGCUCUGAUUACUUAUCAAGGCCCUGGCAUCCCCAAGCAAGAACUUAUCAGCACCCCAUCCAACGAGCAGGCAUAUCAAGAAACCGUUGAGCAAAAUUCCGACCUCGCCAAAAUGGCUGCCGAGCACGAACUUCCCCACGAAAUCUACCAAAACGUAACCAUCGACAAUUUUACCUUGCAAGUGGUGGAAAUCCGCCCUCCACAUUUUGACGAAAACAAGCAGUAUCCCGUCCUCUUUCACCUCUACGGUGGUCCCAACUCCCAAUCCGUCGACCGAAAUUUCAAUGUCGACUUCCAAUCCUACGUCGCGUCCAGCCUGGGCUAUAUCGUCGUGACUGUCGACGGCCGAGGCACCGGCUACAUUGGCCGCCAAGCGCGCUGCAUCAUCCGCGACGACAUCGGUAAAUACGAAGCGCGCGAUCAAAUCGAGACGGCCAAGAUGUGGGCGGCCAAGAAAUAUGUUGACGCAGAGCGAAUGGCAAUCUGGGGCUGGAGUUACGGCGGCUUCAUGCCCUUGAAACCCCUGGAAGCCGAUGGCGGGCGAACAUUUAAAUAUGGCAUGGCUGUUGCGCCUGUCACUGACUGGCGCUUUUAUGAUUCUGUAUACACCGAACGGUAUAUGCACACACCGCAACAUAACGCUCAGGGUUAUGACUCGUCAGCCAUCAGCAACAUGACCGCCCUGUCCCAAAAUGUACGAUUUUUGGUCAUGCAUGGCAUCGCAGACGAUAACGUGCACAUGCAGAGCACUUUAACAUUGAUCGAUAAAUUGGAUUUGGCCAGUGUGGAGAAUUAUGAUGUUCACGUCUUUCCGGAUUCGGAUCACAGUAUCCGAUUUCAUAAUGCGAAUCGUAUGGUCUAUGAGCGAUUGAGUAAUUGGCUGAUCAAUGCAUUCAAUGGCGAGUGGUUGAAGACCGAGGACCCGACCCCAGCCCAAAGAGAUGGAGUUGAUGGUAAAAGAGGGAGAAGCGAGUUCAAGAGAGCAUUGGAAAGGGAAAACCUGCUGCUUUUGCCUGACUGA